UGUGGUCCGUCUCCAGGGUCAUUUCGGCAAUGGCGUAUAAAAGCUCAAAUCACGUUCAAGAUCGGUGCAUUUUCCUUCUUACUGCGUCACAAGUACGAGCUCGAGAAUGGGAUACAAACUCGUGUUACUGGCGUGCCUAGCGGCAAUUUCAUGGGGUCAAGAUGCAACUGAAGCACCACUUGAUGAUUUGGAGACAACUCCAAGCACAAACACCUCAACGACCACUUCUGUCCCUAUUCUGAGGCAAAUCAACAAAGUCAAUGACGAUGGUACUUACACUUACGGAUUUGAAGCGGCUGAUGGCACCUUCAAGAUUGAAACCAGGGAUAAUGAAGGAAAUGUCAAGGGUAAAUACGGCUUCAUCGAUGAGUUUGGAGAGCUGAAGAUUGUAGAAUAUACUGCUGGUAAUGGUACUGGCUUUGAGGCAGAUUCAGAUCUCUUGCCGCAGUCUGUAACUCCUCUUCCUGUUCCUGCAAUCCCUCAAGAACUUCCCAGAAUUCCAUCUCUUCCUCCGAGGCCUCGUUUCCCUCAAAGAACUCCCACUCAGUUUGGUGCUCCUCAGUUCACACAACAACAAUUUGCCUCGUCACAACCCGAACCUCAGUUUUCUCCUCGACCUCGACCAUUCGGACGCUCGAAUCCCCAGCAUUCCCCUCGACCUCAGCCCCAGCCUCAGCUCAUUUCACAACCAGAAACUGAGACGCCACCAUCUAGGUUCAACAGCGCUCGUCCUCGUCCUGAGCCACAGUUACCUCGCCCUGCUUCCUCUGGGCGGCCACAGCCACCAGUAUUUUCGCCUGGACCACAAACUUCCGUUCAUCAACCCUUCCCUCAUCAAUCCCAGUUCCCAGGUCAACAGUUCCCUCCACAACCACAGUUUAAUCCCCAGCAAUUUCCCCACCAACCACAAUUUCCUCCACAACAAUUUCCUCAACAGCCACAGUUUACACAACAACAAUUUCCUCAACAAUCCCCAUUCUUCAAUCAACAAUUCCCACAACAGCAACCUCUUCCUCAGCGACCACAGCGUCCAGUCAAUAUUGCUUUAGAUGGUUUUUCUGAAGACAGGAACCAGGAUGGUUUUGUUGAUGGAUCACCAGAGGAAGCUGCUAAAGGGAAUCCUAUAAAUCCUAUUGUACCUCACGGUACAUCCCUCUUGCCAGCAGGAACUCCUCUCCCUAAACCUUCUGUGCAAAAUCAUCCAGUUCAACCACAAACUCAGCAACCAUUCUUACCACAACAACCACAGUCACCAUUUGCACCACAACAACCACAGUCACCAUUUGCACCACAACAACCACAGUCACUGUUUAUACAACAACAACAACCACAGAAUCCCUUCUUCUCAAACCAGAUUCCACAAGGCUUUAAUAGAUUUGCAACUCCUCAACCUCAGUUGUUCCCUAGCCAGACGCAGUUGCCUCAGCUGACUCCUCAGCAGAUCCAGCAAAUUCGUCAGCAACAGCUGCUGCUUGCUGCCCAACAGGGACAGUUCCCUCAGGGGCAGUUCCCUCAGGGACAGUUCCCUCAGCAACAGUUUCCUCAGCAACAGUUUCCUCAGCAACAGUUUCCUCAGCAACAGUUCCCCCAACAACAGUUUCCCCAACAGCAGUUUGGUCAGCAGUCCUUUAUCCCUCAACACUUUUCAGACCCAAGAUUUGCUGCCCAGCAAUUUGAAGGGCAGCAGUUGCCUGCUUUGUUCGGUGGUCAGCCAUCUGUGCCCCAGCAGUUCACACCUCGUCUCCGACCUCAGCAGCCAGUGAGGGGAUUGAGGUCAAGGCCUGCCUCCCCACCAAGAACUCUGCCAGCUUCAUCGACACCUGUGCAGACCAAAAAACCUGCAACUAGUACCGUUGAGCCAUAAGAGAUGAUGCUUGUGACACCUUUUAGCUAUUUAUGUUCAUGACCUUCGUUCAAAAAUGGUUCUUUGGUAGCUCAUUUUGGGUGUCUUCCUGUAUAUAGACUGUGAUAAAUGACACUGUAAAUAAAAUGUUCUUCCA